AUGUCUACUUUUCUGGAAUUUCUGCAGAUGAAUAAGCAUAAGACGUUUCGACCGAAGAAAAAAUUUCGCGCAGGGACUUUACGAUAUAACCUUCAUAAGCAGGCACAAGCCACCUUAAGUGCUGGUUUGGAUCUUCGUGCUGCAGUUCGAUUGCCGCAAAACGAGGUAUUCGAGGAUUGGUUAGCUGUUCAUACAGUCGAUUUCUUCAACAGAAUCAAUCUUUUGUAUGGAACGGUGUCUGACGUUUGCACAGAAGAAAGCUGCCCAACGAUGAGCGGUGGUCCACGUUAUGAAUACUUGUGGCAAGAUGGAGUCGAGUUCAAAAAACCGACAAAAUUGUCUGCUCCAGAGUACGUCAACCACCUAAUGGACUGGAUUGAGGCGCGUAUUAAUGAUGAGAGUAUAUUCCCUUCUGAUUCAUGUAUUCCGUUUCCUCGCGAUUUCGUAAAAGUCUGCAAAAAAAUACUCUCUCGUUUGUUCCGCGUCUUUGUCCACGUUUACAUCCACCACUUCGAUCGUCUGGUGGAAUUAGGGGCUGAACCCCAUGCUAAUACGCUGUACAAACAUUUUUAUUUUUUCGUUACUGAGUUUGAUUUGGUGUCUACAAAGGAGUUGGAUGCUUUGGUAAGUCAAGUAGUAAUAAUAUAUUACAAACUGAUCGGUUUUGAGGUUACUUUUCCUUUUACAGAAAGACCUGACCGAGCAUCUGACCGAUAA